AUGCUUCCGAGCGAAGUAUUCUCUUUGUUGAGGGGCUUUCAAGGGUGCUACUGUUUUUUGUCUAGCGAUUCGCUGCUUUUUUACGCUCCGAACACUCCCAGGCAGCACCAAAGGCAGCAGCAACACCGACGUCACGUCUGUGCUGCAGCCAGCUCAACGCCAGCUGAUGCAUUUUCGCACAACUCUGAUAAUCAGAGAUGCCGACGGAAGUACAGCAGCGACAGCAGGAGUGCUAACUGCAGCAGCAGCACAAAGAACUGGUUUGAGCUGCUGGGACAGCCCUAUAGGCCAGUAUCUGAGGGGGAGCUGCAGCAGCAAAAGCAGCAAUUGGAAGAGCAAUGUACUGCUGACAUGGCUUUUUCUGAAACUCUGAAGGAAGUUCAAGAUGACCCUCGUGGGACGACGCUAUUCGGUUUGCCGCAGCAGCAACAACUGCAGCAGCAGGAGGGAGGUGGUGAACCCCUUGACAAUCUUAUUGGGGGCCUCAUCGAUGCCCUACCGUACACACGCAACGAAGACGCAGUACUCGAGGAGCUAAUGGCUCUUGCUAGAGUUCCUCAGGGGCAUCCUGAGCGUGAGAAAAGUGACCUCGAACAGUGGGUCAAGGCAGCAGCGGCACUUGAAGCGAGCCCUGUUGAGGUGCCCCGAGGGCUCCAGAAUGAAUCAGCAGAGUUUGUCAAGAUUUUGGCUCAGGAAGGAGAGCUGCUACAGGUGCUUCGCCGCCUCCAGCAGGAGCCUCAGCAGCAAGGCACUUGCCGCGGCUCAGCGCUGUUCGCUGCAUUGGCUGCUGUGGCAGAGAAAAACGGCGAUGUCAACUUCAGGAGGACCUUAAGAGUCCCGCCCGGAAACACACCUGCCGGCGUAGUGACUGCAGCAGCUGCUGCAGCUGCUUCUGGUGUUGGUGCUGCUUUGCGGGUUUUUCCUUGGUGCAAGGCGCGACAAACCCCAAGGCACUUUGAGAGUAGAGCCCAGGAGGGGCCACAGAUCUUGAGAGAAUCAACACAGGCUAAUGUGUCCCAGGCUCAGCGGCAGCUUCCUUCUUGGUUGCUGUUACUUCAACGCCAGCAGGGAAAACGAAGUCAAAUGCUGGGGCUACCAGCGCAAGAUGAAGCUUCGAUAUCAAGGCUUCUUUCUAUCGGCACUGCUGCAGCAGCGUUUCUCAUGCCUCAAGGGGAAUCCCCCCAAAAAUGCAGCAGCAGCAAGAACAACAGCAGUAGCGUGAUUCCAUCAAUUGACUGGGAUGGACAGGACGAGGCAAUCUACAGCGCGCUGAUGAAAUUAAAGGUGCAGCUGCAGCCGCAGCUCGAGCCGGACCUUAGGCGUAGGAGAUCCAGUUCGACCAUGUUCAGCGGUCCUCCGCUCAUCGGUAGCACGCAGUGGGCUCGCCCAAUAGUACAGCAAUAUGUGUAUCUGUUGGAGCAGCAGCAGCAACAGCAGCAGCAGCAGCAGCGACAGUGGCAGAGUGCGAACUCUAAACGCUCUCCACAAACGGUAUUUACCCCAUUGCCUCCUCCUUCAGUGUUCGCGGAUCGUUUGCUGCUGUUUUCACAUCUUCUUGCUGCCCCGACUACAAUAGCGCGUGCAGCCGGAGCUGGUGCUGUUCGGCACACCAGUGUCGCUGUGGCUGGCGUGGCUUCAGCCCUCUGCAUUCCGAUCGAACUAGCACAAGAUCGUCUCCAGCAGCUUUUGCGCCGCAUCGUGUCUUCGCUAACCAUGCGGCUGUUCGCCCACAUAAAUCCCCUUAGCGUGCAGGCUAACGGCAGGAUGGCAUCGGGUGCUAAGGACAAGCAACAAACGCAGCGACGGCAGCAACAAAGGCUACUGCUUGAGGGGGCGGCUGCAUUGCGUGAAGUUACUGCAAUGCUCGGAGUGGAGGGCUCAGAGAUGAGAGCAGUUGCUGUUGGCGUUCUGCCUUUGAUGCUGCAGCGUCUCAUCUUCUAUGCGGAGUCCCAGUUGUGUGUCUUACCUCUUAGCUCAACCUCUGGCGUGGAGAUGAGCCAGCAGGAACUAAGGAUGGCAGCCAUAAGGAUAUUUCAAGGUUUGCAGCUGACUGUGGAGGCAGUGCGGGACGCUGCUGUCGCGCUGAUGGGCGCCGAAGCAGAAGCUGAGGCUGUGCACCAGAUGGCAGUGUUGGCCUCACGACGGCUGCUGCCCGAGCUGACUUUUGCCGCGCUUUCUCAAUUGCUGGCAUCUCAUGCAGAGGCUAGAAGCUCUUCGCAGGGAGGUCUUCUGUCGCUAGCGGACUCAAUAACAGAGGGUGUUCUCGAGGCGGAGCAGUUUACAGAGAAAAUUUUGGAGGGCGUGAGAGAUCUCCUAGGCCUCAGUGUGGACCAGUACAUGAAUGUCCUGCAAGUUGGCUUUUUUUUAGCUGCUGCUCCGCUGCGGCGCUCACUGGAAGUCUUCGCGACCAUGCGCAACGAAGAUGGCUGCCUGCAAUCUGCGGAACAGCUCCUUGCUCUCGACCGAGCGUUAGAGCGACUGGUUGGUUGCUCCGUGGCAGCCCCACGCACGUCAUCACCGAAAGCCAUGCCAACAAUGAGAAUAAAUAGGCGGCGGCAACGGUCUUCCCAACGAGAAGUCCCCCCGGAAUCCAAUCAAAGAUCCUGUGAAGAUGAACAUCUGAUAAGGCUCUUGUUGGCAUAUCUGCGGGCUCAUGCGCUGCUGGGGGAGGCUCCCGAAACUGCAGCAGCAGAGGCGCACCAGCAAACAUUGGAUUUUUCUAAGGACGACAAUGGAGGGCCCCUUGGCUUACAAUUGGGCCAAAGCGAGGAAGCGCUCUCUUUGCAACGAAUCGUCAACUCACGGAAAGAGACAACGAUUAUGGCGGCGAGCCAAACACCAGACAGAUUGUCGGCAAGAACGAGCGAGUAUGUGCUAAAAUUACUGUUCCUCAGGCACCAGCCAACGCAGCAAGAAUCAUCGACUGCUGCUGCAGCAAAUGCUUACACAGAGAGAUGGAAGCAACUGAACAGCAUCGACGCCAAACAAGAAAAGGCGCUAAAAUUCGCGCAGCUGCGCGACUCCUUGAGUAACGCCCUUGCAGGUGCAAAGUCAACAGCAUGGGGUUUCACGAUUGAUUCAAGCCAGACGAGACAACGUCUCCCAAGCAGAGGCGUUCCGGAGUGCUGGAAGCGAUGGCUUCUUCAACUGAGACAGAUUAACUCCUCAGCAGAUGCAGACACUAUCGCACUUCAGGCUAGAGAUGAAGCGUUACUUCCGACUGCGGCGAGGCUAGGGCUGCUUGACAUACGAGAGGCGUUGGCUGCGGCUGUCGAGGUAUACAGGCAGGAGUUUAGCAGGGAGACAGAUGCUGAUGCACCGGUUACAGCAACAGCAGCGGAAGACCGCAGGCAGAGACUGCUGGGCUACCGCGCAUUUCUGGGGCUCACCUCGGCUGACGUCUCCUCAGUACAUUUGGAUGCUUACAGAGAGUGGUUCAUUUCGGUCACGCGGGAGGCGCUUGAUAGUGAGGGGCAAUGGACAGCGGAGGUGCGCCGGGUCGUGGCCAAUGCCGCUUCCAAGAUUGACAUCGCCGAAGCAAGUCUCAGCACAAAGAUUGAAGGCCACAUUCUUAUCUUACCAAAAAGACUACGUUUUUGUUUGUUAUUGCUAAUAGUUGCAGACGCAGUGACGGUGGCAGCAGUAUUUAAGAGCGCAGGUCGCUGCGCUGCGUCAGCGGGCACUUCCUGUGGGCGCUAUCUAUCCUUUCAGGGUGACAGGCAGGAACUGAGUGCUGAGGCUUUAGCUUUAUUUGCUGUGGAGAGGCUUCUGCCUCCGGUGUUACGCGCUGCGGGGAAGUGCCGAGCGUUGACCGAAAAUAGGAGCCACCGACUGUUGGCAUCUCUGCCGCCCACCCUGGCAGUUGUUGUGGAGGAGGGAAACGCGGACGAGGCGGCUUUGGGGCCGCACGCGGAUGACCCUCAUGAACCCCUGUGGAUGCAUCUGAAUCGUGCUUCCACCCAUCAAAGGGAGGGUACGAAAGUGUUGCAAACGUGGAUUUCAGCGCACCCAGCGGACAGCUCAGCAGCAGCAGGCAUUAACGGAGAAAAACAAAGCAGCCUUCUUUCGCUUGUGGGAGCCCUCCAGCCUCUAAAAAAGCGUAGAGACGCAGAAAAAUCUGAUGUUUCACUGGAUCCGACCUUCUUGUCUGCCUCUGGGGACGAACUAGACGCAGCAACGCCAGCAGGCUGGAAGGAAGAAGACAAGAUGUCGGAACUGCUAGGAGCCCUAAAGGCACUAUCACGGUUUGGAUCUGAGUACGGGCUGUUUCCUGCGCCAUCUCGUAAGAAAGCCGAUACGGGAAACAGUAAAAGUCAUUCGCACGGGGAAGCGGAGAAGUGUACUGUGUCGCCACUACUCUCAGCCAUACGGGCUAUACCCCGCGCUGAACCUGUGAAGAGCUUCGUAAUGGCCUUUAGAAGACACCAGCAUCCCCCUGUGGUGCCCAUUCAAGUGGCUCUCGAAGAAGCCCUGAAUGCUGCUUUUGGUGUUUCUUCUUGGGAAACCGCUGUAUCAAGGUCACCCGUUUACUUGAAACAAAGGGAGGCUGAAGAAACAGCAACUGCGCUGUAUGGAUUGCAGCGUCUGCUUGUUUCAGCAGCGGCAGCGUCUGCACGCGCGUUUGCUGAAGCUGCGGAACUUUCGCGGCCCAUUUUUGCACAUUCGAGCCCAUCUGUCGAUCGAAAGAUAGACCAGCCGCUGGAAGCUCCACUUUUGAGUGAUGCAGCAAAGGAACAAGGGCUGCGCCUGCUGGACAUUGCCUCUUUGGAAGGGUCCCGAGCCGUCGCUGCAGCCUUAGCGCCCAGAGUGGGACUUGUCGAGGACGACAAUGUUGCUCAGCGGAGCCGUGAAGGUGAUGUUGACGCCACGCUAGCGGCUGCUCAAGACAGGAUAAAAAGAAUUAUUGCUGCUUACGGAUUAACACAGCAGGAAGCAGCGGGGGCAAAUGGGGACCGAGUGGAACUUCUGGCGCUGCAGCUUGUUUACAAGGCCGCUGUGCAUGAGGCAAAACAGAGGAACUCGCUUCUUGAAGAGGCAGAGAAACGCAAUGUGGUGCCUCCAGCUUUCUGUCCGUGGAGUCCCACCAGAGGUAUUGCCGCUGCUGUGUCAGCCCUGGGAAUCGCAGAGUGGCGCCGCCGGGUGCACGCGGAAUCUCAGCAACUAUCGGAACUGUUCCGGCACGAGGCGGGCUCUAUAGUGUCGCGGGCUUUGACGGCUGCAAAACGGGCCAAAUGCUUCAAAUCUCGCUGUAGCAUAUUCAACGCCGCAGUGCAGGAUAUUUCAACGAGCCGAAGUUUCUUUGAUUUGUCAGGCUUUCUUACCACAAAGCACGUCAAGGACCACAUAACAAGACGGAUGGGUGCUGCCGCUGCGGAGGUAACAGCGUUGAUGGAGGCCAACGAGCUCCCAGCAGCUGUCAGAGCCCUCAGCGGGGUCACUGACGUAGUACUGCUAUCCCGGGUUGUUCUGCGGCAGCCGUGGUGCACUGCUUCGUCUCAAGGACUUUUAAGGACAAAUAUUUUUGCAAAAUUAACUCCUCAAGAACGAAGAUACCUGCUCGAUCUGUGCCAUGCAUCUCCUCCUCCUAAGCCAGAGAAGCAGGAGCUGGAACUUCUAGAAGAGAUUUUGACAACCCUAAAGAGAUGGCCUGCCAAUAACAUCCCCGCUUCCUUAACAUUUGUGACCAUAGGCUCCGUGCACAGGCAGGAAUCAGACCUCCUGGCCAGCUGUUUUAGCGCUGCAUGCCGCACAGAAGCAGAUCCUCGAUCUCAAAAUAUGCAAGUAGAAGCUCCGCAGAAGACAGCGGUGAUCCGAGAAAAGCCUUCACAAUGGGUCACUGCGGAUGCCACCGACCUUCAACCGCCUGGAGACUCAGGACUUGCGCAAUCCCUGCGGUUCUACGUGGCACAUGCCAAUGCGGGGAACCGUAACAUGUCUGAGAGUCCAGUGACAAGCGACAUCUUUCGCUAUCCUCCAGAGACGCGAACGGCGGCGGCGGUUGCCCUAGCAGCAGACAAAGAGGACCGCCUGCUACACCUUGUGCGAGGCUACGGCUGUGCUGUGAUACUGGCCAACCUCAUAACCACCUUCUUAUGUUCCAUGGCACUCAUGUUCUUCAUCGGAGCAAACGCCCCAGUGGAUCCUGAGUCACUCCCAGCAAGCUUUGCUCUAACACCGAACAUUCACGUGGUGCCGGCUUACCCCGUGACGAAGCUGGAAGACGCCCUGGCAAACCCCCGCUCCGUCGUAAUCACAGCAUUUGACUCUGAGGGAUUCUCCGUCAAAUAUCGCCACGACGUUAUUGGAUGGGAGGCCAGCAGGGACCGGAGCACCGCUACACUCUUUCUUUCCUCAGAUCGAAGGCUCAUCGUCACCUCCACAAGUAUUAUCUUUGAGGACCAUAUGUCGGGUUCGCGUCUGGCGGAGUGGGAACUUUGGGGCGAGAAAGGGGUUGACAAUGCACCUCACGCAGUCCUUCGAGAUGCCCUUCACGCAGUAGGAGAGGGAACAAGUUCAUCAGUCCCUCCCACAGCAGACGAAAUUAAGGACCAACUUACAAAUCCACUCAUCAGUACAACACCGGAGGACACACAUAGCUCUCUCACAAGCCGUCGUCUCUCAAUUCCCAUGACAACCCCUUCCCGCCAAUUUCCAUCCCUACAGCCGUCACAGCUUCUCUCCGCUGUGCAGAACUCUUUGGUACAUCCACAACCCAGUGAUGCCGCCUACCUUUUUGUCAGUCCCUCUUUCGCCUCCUGGUGA